AUGCUGCGUCAAUUCCAGUCAGUGGGGAAGUGUGGUGAAACUACGCGAGCACGUUCGGUAAGUUUUAUAUUUGGUUUAUACACGAACUGAUAUAAAUUAUGUUCUUCGAAGCUAUUUCAGCUAGUUUGCUUGUCUUGAUCGUUAACUUAAUAGACCUUUUCACGGUUUCUGUCGCCAUCUUGGUUGAGGGCAAACACGGCAAAAUUUAUAAUAACUGUAUGGUAAAAGUCGGGAGUUUGAUGCUCUAUAAUUUGAGGAUCUUUGAGGAAAGUUGACAUUCUGUUAUUUUUAUGAUUUACCAACGAAAGAUACUAGUAAAACAGUUAACCAAUUAAGUUUGAAGGGCAUCGGUUCGCUGAGAAGCGAGAAGUCUUACUUUUAGUUUUCAUACAAAUGCUUCUACGUUUUCCCGCUAACGGCAGCUCCAUUUUACUGACAAAUAUCUUCUUGAAAAUCGUCAAGUUAGUUGUUUUGCCGAUUUAAUGUUCUAGUUCUUUUGCUGGGCUGCACGUAACUGCAAAAGAGCUGGGGCUAGGAGAAAGCAUCGCUAUAAAGUUGAACAGAGGCUCCCGAGUAUCUGGCCGUCAAGAGAGAUGCCAUCGAUUUUAAAUGGCGUGGACAAGUUGAUGGGUAAGCAUGUGUAACCGUGCUCAUUAAGACGAUUUUAGAGCCAUACCCUUUGAAAGCUUCAAACUAACUGUAAAAUUUUUUCUAUUAAUAGUCAUGGUGUAUCCAGUAAAAUUAGUGUUCUCCACGAAAACACCAAUUAUUAGAAUUACCACAAAAGACGGCGACAGGUCCUACAGGAACACUUCCGGUAACACAAAUCCUAAAGCGUCGUCCAGCGCAGCUACGCUACCGAUGUCAAAGACCUUGUCUGACGAUGAGCUUGGAAAGCUUAACAUCGGUACGUUUAAGUUUCAAAUUAUUGCUGCGGAGUGAGAGCAGGGAGCGAGCAGUAGUUAUAAUCAGAGUUUAAUGUAAAUCUAUGCAGAAUCUUGAUUUUGACCACACUAUUUUUUAAAGUAUAGUUGUGGGAAAAUAAAGUGUAGGCAGCAAGAAAUUUAUCUUUUAUUGAUAGCACGGUUUUAUGUUAUACAGAUCUUCAAAAGCUUGAUGGAAGCAGUGUUGUUUUGUCGUCCACAAAAACUAUUGCUAAGUACAAAGGCCAAUUAGUGACAUGGCCGUUUCACAUCAAAUGCGGGUUAUGUGGAGUUGAAAGACGGGUGGACAUUGAUCGUAAGCACAGUGGAAUCAUUUCGAAAUUUAAGUUGGGUAGGUUAUUUUAUAUACAUCAACGACAACGACAAUUAAGUUGAUAUUUCCACAAUGUAUACAUAUUAUUACCUAAAGGAAAAGUACAAAAUAGGCACCGCACAGGCCCAUGUGACUAUUGCUUCCGAUUUCUUUUGAGGGGGGAGGGGGGGGGGGGGUGUUGGCACAGCCUAUUUAGAUGGAGAAAAAAUAAAUUGUAUAAUUUCCAACUAUUCAUAUAAUUUUUGGGGCUCUUUCAUUUCCCCCCUUCUAAGCCCACACCCCCAAAAUACACCACUUAUAUCCCCAAACCAUUCUUUUUUUUAUAUUCCAUACUUUUCUCANAAAAAAUACAAUGUAUAAUUUCCCACUAUUCAUCAGAAUUUUGGGGGAUUGUCCUUCUCCCCCUCUGAAGCCUACGAUCACAAGAUAUACGCUUGUUGCGCUCAAACCAUAUUCUGUUGUUACUUACUUACUUUCGGAAACUUCAGACGAUGGCAAUAGUGACUUCUGCGCAAGCGCAGUUGUCAAAAAAAACGCAAAAGAAAAAUUACACAACGAUGCAAAUUUUAGGUGAUUAAAUGUUUACAUGUCUAUCUAAGUUGCAUAACAGCAUAUAUUCUUUUCUCCAGUUUUCCAGAAGGAAACAAAUUUUCAAAAAAAAAAACGCAAAUAAACCUAACUAACCUGGUGUAAGUCAAAACGUAAUUCAACACAACUGGUGUUUGGAUUAGCUCGUCGUGUAGUCCAUGUAGCUCAUGCGGGUACUUUGAACUCUUACAUAAUUGACUCCUAUCGGCCAUAAAUAGAGCCUAAUACCGAGCUUUGCUCCUUUUCUUUCUUUUAGCACAUUACAGCCGCUGCAAGGAGAGCUCUGCGAAAACUAAAAAGUGUACUCAGUCUAAAUUAAGCUUUACCAACAAGAGAAAGGCUCCUACGAGUGAUCCUACGACGUCAGAAGGAGAGGUGGUUUGCCUUACAGAUCAACAACCAAGAAAAAAGGCUAAGUCCUCGCAAGACUCGGACGUCGACAGCUCUGACCUGGAGUAAAUAUACUGAAACCUGAAGAAAUGGGACUUCUCUCAGAAAAGUUAUCAGCGGAAUAGUCAAAACUUAACCUAACUUUAUAAUUUUCCUCACAAGUUGUUUAUAAUGCAAAAUAAGUUACAAACUGAGCUGUCCCGUUUCUCCUGAUGUUUUACAUAAUACCUUUCACUAUCAGUUUAUGUCACCAGUACUCAGUAUUUAGUGGGAGAUUCUUCUAUUAUGAACUUCUUAUCAAUAAUUCAUUUCAAAAAUGAGGUUCAAAAGUAUUAAGAUCUUAAAUGACCUUUUUAAGCGAUCCACGAUCUGAUUGAAGAAUAACUUACAGUGUCUGUUAAAAUGAUUUUGUGGUUAUGAAUGGAGACCGAAUAACUAAUCAAACCUGUUCAGUUGCUAGUCGAUCGUGUAAUAGCAAUUUUGGCACAUUUUAUGUAAUAGCUAUGUCUUAACUAUUCUAGAUGAAACUUUAUUUAAAAAGUAGGACAAGGACUACUUUCAGUUAUUAGUAAACUUAUAAGGUUAAGUUAAAGUCUAGCAAUCACAAUACUUAAUUUAGUAUCCGUGUAACUUCUUUCUAACUUAUAGCUCUAGUUGUAUAUUACUAUCGUUUGAUAAAGAUAAAGAAACUACGAAUAGACAAGAUUUUGCUUGUUUAAUAUCAAGUAAAAUGCAUUUUUAUUAAACGUUCUGUGUUGUAAUUUCGUUGCCUUUCUUUCUUCAAUUGUAGACCAUUUGGGGAAAAUGAAAGUGACAUUGAAUCUAAUAGCGAUGACAGUGUUGGUAGUAACAAAUCCCUUCAAUACUCCCUCGAAGAAAGUGAGGAGGAAAGAAGUGACUCGACUGACAGGUCUGGCAAUGAAAGCAACUCUGAUAGCGAGAUAGACAAAGAUGACAGUGUCUCCUUCAUUUACGGUGUUGAGUCAGCAGACCCGGUAUGCGUAAAACUAAAUGACUUAAUCCGCAGAGGAAAGAUUGAAAAGUCUCGUAUAUUUUAUAUAUAUAUUUGAAAGAUGUGCUUGAAGUUUAUUACGAUCCUCUGCACAAGUAUGAUAAGGAUGUUAUCGAAUUUUUUAAUUCCAUUACUUAUCUCGGAGGGAGGAAAGUCGCUUGCUUCAUUAGAGGCCCCAUUAACUGCAAGGAAGGAAGAGGAAGUCAUCUCAACACCAACAACGAAAAGAGGAUGAAUCUCGGGGGACCCGCAUAUAAGACAUGCCUCAAACAUCAAGCUGGCUACACAAACGAACCUGGAGUCUGGAAACCGCUGUCGUUAGGCCAUCUAAGUCUAUUACAAAUACUUAACUCCCUUCCAGUUCUCAAAACGGAUGAGCUAAUUGCAUAUCCCUGCUGUUUGGCCAACGAUGGAACCGCGCUUAAACCAGCUAUCGAGUUUGACGAAAGGCUUAAGGAAAAUGUGGGAUUAACAAGAAAUCUAAAAAUUGACUUUGUCAAAAGUAAUCCCCAACCUACAACUGCAUUUCUUAAAGAUAACUUGGUUACCGAGGCCAUCGUUUCCUCUGUGACCAGUCUUGAUAACAAAUGUAGUCUACCGUGCGCUAUAGAGUACGCAACAAAAGCAGGAAAGACUGCAGAAUCCUGCAAGGAAAUGUUCGAAAAGCAAGUACGAAUCCUGCAGACGUGCGAGGCUUGUCAAAAGAGAUCUCUCGCCACAAAGCACAUUCUCGGGCAUUGCUAUGAACAGUGCCAAAGCUUUUGUGAAACAUGCUUUGGUAUGAAAGAUGUGUGCGAAGAGUGCAAAGCAAAAGGUCAUGUAAGCUACCAUCCAGCAAUUCGUGCUUGCUCAUGGUGCCUUGAGAACGGUGCGCAGUGUGUAAGGAGAGUAAUAUUUGUUAUUGUGGCGGAUUGCGAAACAGGCAACAAAGGGGCUUUUAUACUAAUACGAAAGAGUAUCGAGGAGGGAACAAUAGAUGCUUAUCUUUCUCUCCUAACCAUUUUGCCCGACUGUCCCCACGUAGGAAAAAGCUUAAAGGCCUCCUUUAGUAACUGGUGGCUUAAGUUAUGUAAUGAGCGCGGCAACCUUGGCUUGCUUCGUACCCUUAGGAAUCGUGCCGGUAGUGCCACUAUGACCACAAUGAGGAAACUUGUUCAACGGAACGAUCACGUAAAGAACAAGGACCGGCAAGAUCCAGCUGCCGUAAUGACGUUAUGUUCAGAAGAUUUAACCUCGUUUCUAUCUAACGUAGGUUAUGUAUGCCACACAAUCAUUCCGGAGCUGGACAAGUUCACGGAAAACAACCGUCUUGGGAUGUACCCCAGCCCUAUAAGUGUUGCCGUCGGAAAGUACGGAUGGCUGCUGUUUCUGACAUGGGACAGCAAGCAGGGCUCUUCAAUCCUUCAUCGUGCUCGUCUGCACAGCCCUGUUGACAAGAUAUCAGUUGUCAAAAAGAAUCUCCCUUCAAAUCAGGUGCAAUGUGUUCAAGAUGUAGCAUUCCUUUCUUCACAGGAUGGUCCUGUGUUAGUGGUCGAGCUUGAAAAAAACAACUGUUACCUUAAACCAAGCAAGAUAACAUCAUCAAAGAGAUGGGACGAGCUGAAGCAACAGUUUAGCCUGACAAUGACUGGAACUUUGGUUGAAAUUCGCAAGCAAGCUGAUCGUUUCCUACAAAGCAAAGAGAAGGAGUAUUCGACGAAUGGACACGACAGGGAGCAAAUAAACUUCCAUGACAAAGCCAUGCAGGACCACAUUCAGGCAAUCACGCUGAUUGACCGCGAGCUUAUGUACUUGGCGGCUGCAAGCUCAAAGAGAAUUUUAAGCGCCCAACUUAAAUAUGAUGGUUAUGGAAUCUGUGCCACAAAUGUCCAGGAAGUAAUAGGGUAUGGCGAGGGCUGGGAAUGUGUCACCAGUGUUUGCGUUUGCCGCAACAAGUUAUUUGCUUCACACGCUGAAGGAAUAUCUGUGGUGUGUCUUGAGUCGCAUCAGUGCCAUGUUGUCUACAGGUCAAAUCAUGCCAAAUGCACGGUGGUGCCCUUCAAAAAUGGUGCUCUCUUUACCGAUCAACAAAAAGCGACCCUCUACCAGAUCGACGAAGAGGAAAAUAUUCAUAUAUUUGCUGGCAGUGAAACAGAAGGUUCUCUUGAUGGACUUGUCGCAGAAUGCAAGUUCAAGCAACCAAUGGGAAUUGCCGUGGAGUUUGACAGCGUUGUCUACAUGUGUGAUCCACAGUCAAAUUGUGUUAAAGUGAUGACGCCCCUCUCCCAAACUGCCAAGUUUUUAAGUGCGAUAGGAAAGUUGUACGACGCAUUUUCUGUCCAUAAGAAAGGUCAGAGUGUCCAAACAAGAACCUUGCAAGAGGCUGAGAGCAGGAUCACAGAGUGCAAACGCUUCCUUUCUGAGCUGGAAAGAGCCGUGCGCUCUGAAGACGGUUGUUCCAAUACAUCGCUUAAUGGACCACAGGGGAUGGUUUCCGCUGUUACUGUGAAAUCGGUUGACCUUCUUGUGAGAGCAGGAUCACAGAGUGCAAACGCUUCCUUUCUGAGCUGGAAAGAGCCGUGCGCUCUGAAGACGGUUGUUCCAAUAUAUCGCUUAAUGGACCACAGGGGAUGGUUUCCGCUGUUACUGUGAAAUCGGUUGACCUUCUUGACUGGGGUGUACGAAGACUGAAGUCUCUCUUAUCCAGUCUGUCGUUCGAUGACACAAGUCUCCUUAGCUGUAUGACUUUGGAUGUUGAACAUUUUCAUUCCACGUCUCAUGUAAAACAUCCAUUUCUUUCCAAAAAAGAAUAUUGCCGAGACUUUGGAAACACCGUCAAGGAGACUACAAAGCGGCUCUCUUGCUCCUCGUUUUAUUACUUCACCAGCGAAAAGAGCUCGUGGUAUCCAGAGCCAGAGCACGAUAUCCCGCUCUCUGCACUACCUUCCAUUCCUCCACUUCCAGACGUAAAACUGUCCCAAAAGGAAAUCGGUCAAAUGCGAGAUUAUGCAUUGACGUAUGGAGCUGCUGUGAGGCAGAGAACCAACCGCCAAGAAACCACUAUGGCACGGCAUGGAACAAUGCCUGAGCUUAUCUACCAAAGGCAACUAGAGAUAUCUGCAGACAAGGUAGAUGUUUCAACAGGUAUAGGCCGUAGAUCAUCGAUGCCAUCAACAGAUACACCAACGUGCAAUGAUGAAAUUGAAAACGCAGCUAUCAGUGAUACUGACGAGAUACCAGAGUAUGACAGCAGCUCUGAUGAAGAGCAAGUCGAGGAAGGUGCUGCUGUUUUGGAACUAGACAGGGCAUCAACCUUUCUUGUUGGAGUUUCCACUCGCUUUGGGAGACAAGUUCGAAUAAACAACAGACUCAUUUCGUAA